AAACGGGUGUCUCUUCGGUGAAAGUGAAAGAAGAACCCCACGACGAAGAGGAGACGCCAUGUGCCCAGGCUCCGGCACCCACCAAAACCCCUCCUCCCUUCCCGCACGAUGUCUCCCUGGCGGAGCUGCUGCCGCGAUUGAGUCUCUCCAAGGAGGAAGAGCUGCUCUUCCUGCAGCUGCCAGACACGCUCCCGGGACAGCCGCCCACACAGGACACGAAGCCGCUGAAGACGGAGGUGCAGAACGAGGAUGGGCAGAUGAUGGUGAUAAAGCAGGAGAAAACCCAGGAGACCAAGGAAGCAGAGAAUACCUGCACCCUGGGGGAUCUCUCCGAAGGGCAGGUGGGGAAGUUGCUGAUCCGCAAAUCAGGAAAGGUGCAACUUGUCCUAGGCCAGGUGACUCUUGAUGUAACUACUGGAACACCCUGCUCCUUUCUUCAGGAGCUGGUGUCGGUCAGCAUCGGAGACAAUCGGAGCGGCGAAAUAAUCGUCCUAGGCCACGUCAAGCACAAGCUGGUUUGCUCUCCAGAUUUUGAAUCCUUGCUGGCCUACAAGCAUCGAUAGGGCUGCUGCAAAACUCCUGGCCAGGGUUAGCUGCGUGUCCUGCCUAAAACAGCAAUGAUUUGGUCUCUCUCCCUGUCCCUGAGUUUGAGUGCCUGUCCCUGAGUUUGAGGAAGAUAGGAGCGUCUUCCAGGAAGAACUCUGCCUGAAGAGAUUGGCAACAGUCAUGGGAACGAGACUAUUGACGAACAUCUGGUUGUCAGAGAUGAUCUGGAGCUCUGGAAUCUUCCUCUGGAGGAAGGGGAAAGGAUCCGAUGCCAAGGACUUGCUGCGUCCUUCCUCCCAGUUCCAUACAUGAUAUGGCUUGCCUUACCCUUGUAAUGACUUUUUAAUAACUUAAUUGCACACACUACCUGGUGAUACGAUCCCAAAGGGGAGAAUAGGAAAGACGUGAGCCUUGGAGCCAAGCUUACCUGUUUAGCAGCUGUUUUCCUGCAGAUGCUAGAAAAGAUGUCGCCGUUCCAAACAUCCGUAGGAGAUCAUACAAGGACGCCUUUUCUCUUUCGCCUUCUGGAGCUUUACCACCACACAGGGCAGUAGGAGAAAAGGGUGCAGCGGGAGAGGUUUGGGAAGACACAUUAGACUGUGUCUUCUGUAGUGAGAUAUCCUGUACAUCUCUUGUGGUUCAGACCAGCUCAUCAGGC